UUUUAUAAACGACAAUAGUUUCUCUUCUUCUUCUUCUUCUUCUUCUUCUUCCUCCAUAACUGUUUUGAGUUUUGAGUUUUGAGAAACGAUCAGACUGAGGAGUGAGGACCCAACCGAAUCUCUCUGCCUUUCUCUCUUUUAUUUUCAGUUAUGGAGGAGCAAUUCAUUCUUAGGGUUCCACCAUCUGUUGCGGAGCGUAUUGAACGUCUUUUGAAUGAGGAUCCCUCUUGUUCUGAGGACAAGUCAUUGGAUUUGUCUUUUUCUGAUGAUGGUAGGACUGGCACAUUUGUCAUUGGAAAUGAGAACUUCCCUGCAUCUCUAUUGGAUCUUCCUUGUGUUGUGGAGUCCUACAAAACUUAUGACGAUAGCGUGUUAAUCAAGACAGCAGAUGUUGGUCAGAUGAUUAUGGUAAGAGAACCAGAUGAUGCUGCUCCAGACGCAGUGGAGUACAGGCAUGGUCUCACCCCUCCUAUGAGGGAUGCAAGGAAGAGAAGAUUUCGAAGGGAGCCAGAUCUAAAUCCUGAGCUUGUGCGGCGGGUAGAGGAUGACUUGCUCAAUAUCUCAGCUGGUGGACCCACUGAAACUGUUGAUGUUGAAGUGGCUGAACCAGAGAAAAAUGGCGAGGCAAAUGCUCGUAAUGCUAAUAAGAAAACUGCGCCCGCACCCGUAGCACAGCCUGGUGAUGUUCCAGAUGCUGGGGCAAAUGCCGGGGAGCCUGACAGAAGCGAUUCUGAUGAUUCCGACGAUUCAGUUUGAUACAAAGCCUCAUGUUGAAGCCAAACUUUGGUCUACAAGAUCCAAGGAAAAUACUGAAGGCACUCUGGGACUAGGCAGCUUCUUAUCUUCCUGCAAAAGGUGAAGAAGCUCAGUGGAGUCGUGGCUCGAAGAAGGCGGUGAGAAAGGUGGCGACAGAGAUGGAGACGGCGAGAAGAGGUACUUUUGGUUUCCGGGCCCCACGCUAACGGGAAGUGGAGAGGGAGGUGUUGGAGGAGAUGAAGAUGGAGAAUCAAAACCAUCUACUAUCCUUUUCUCUUUCAUUUUAUAAAAUCUCAAGAGACUUAUUCUGACUUAGUUUGGGUCAAGAUUGUUAAGACAUGAUUUGUUUGGAGGAGAAAGAAGGCUUUCUUUCCCCUGGAGGGAGUUUUACUGGUUUGAAACUUAGGUAUAAACCUAACGGUCAUUACAAGUCACAUUGGAUUUGGGCCAACGUUUUCAGCUGCUUAUUCCUUGCUUGUGAAACUUUUGAUAAAAUUAGUUGGUGGGUCAAAUUUAAAUAUUUUACUUGAUUGUGAAAGUUUUGAUGAAAUUCAUUUACUAAAUUCUUGUAAUAUUUUAUUUGUCUGCCAAAUACAGGCUACUAGGAGACAUUAAUAGUUAUACACAUGAAAAAAAAAAUUAUGUUUUUAAGUAGCUGAAUGAAUUCCCAACAGUGCCACAAGUUCCUUUUUCUAUAAGAAAUCUUAAUGCAAAUGGAUCUACUUCACUGGA